AUGACGUCAUCAACUCCUUUGGCGUGGUCGUCGAGUCGACAGUACUACCAUUACAGGUCUGUGUUCCCGACGUCUGAUACAGGCAUGCAGGCCACGCUUCACAGAAACGUUCCACGAAGGAUGCACUCGAGGCGGACUGUCGAGAACCCAGCCAUCAACAUCUUAUCAGGAAGAAGAAUCAUCGAACGUCAACGUCUUCCCACCAGACUCCCCAAAUGCUACCUCCCAUACCUAUCGCAGCUUGACACAGACGCUGAUGACGCAUCCGGCAGCAUGUCCAACCGGGAUCUACCUACUCUCAGAUCACUUCCGGUUCUUCCAGAACGCAGGUUCACGUCUGCUGAUGUAAAGAGAAUCACAACAAGGCUUUCAACGUAUGACGUCAGUCGCGUUCCAGAGUCACGAGGAUUCCCCGCGAAAGAUCCUGAAACGCCACGCAGUGUGAGAAGGGGAUAUACGGAUUCAGAAAUACACCAGGUAGUCCAGAGGCUCAGUGAUUACAAUCCCAAGAAGCAUCCCGCCGAGUCGAAAGGGACUCCAGCUGAGUCAGAUCUCGCACCCAAAAAUGAAACGUCCAGUGGAAAACAGUAUUCUACUGGUGAUGUGGAGGCUAUCGUCAAUCGACUGCACUCAUUUGAUCCGGUGAAAUGGCCACCGGAGUCUAAAGCUUCCUCGUCAGACUGA